CACAUGAGAGUUCGUUCAAACACAAUUUGCAUGUACAUAGAUCAAUGAGUUUGACUACCCAACCAUCGAAAAAAACGUCAUCAUCGUCAUCACAACGCAAUUCAUUGGAGGUCUUCAACGAUUCUGCUGCUUGAUGUAUUCGCUAAUAAGGACCUCAAAUAAAAAUCUUUUUGUUGUCCAAUCAAAGGAAAUUUCCUGGAAUGGUACUAGGAGUGUGCUCUUUAAGCAUGAGGGAAAAGGGCAUGUUGGUCUCCUUGUUUGUAAAUCAAAUAAUUAUAGUUCCCUAUUGGAUAGAAAAAUAAGGGAAGAAAAAAAUGGAAAUUUGCCAAAACAAAACAACAAUAAGGAGAAAGAAAAUGCCAUAUCACAGAAAAUUCAAGUUAAACCCGCUUCUCCCUAUGGAAAAACGAAACGUCGGAGAUGGACACCAAUGGAGAAAGAAGUGCUGCGCAACGAGCUGGGAGAUCUUGGAAGAAUAAAAAAACUUCCUACCGUAUUAGAAUGCCUCAAAUUAAAAAAAAAAUACAAUAUUUUGGAGGGAAGAACCCCUCAGCAAAUAAAAUCUUUUAUUGAUAAUCAAAAAAAGCCUUAUAGGGACAAGGCCUAAUGAGUGAAUUUCGAAUAUUAAUUUAUUUCUUAAUUGGUUUUAUUUAAAAAACUAUUGCUUCAUUUACUAAAAUUUAAUUAAUCGUUUUUUGUUUUGGAUUUUUUUGUUUUGUUAUGUGA